UGGUUUCUGUCGGUGAUGUCUCCACAGCGUUUACCGGCAUACUGCUUCUGAACUACAGAAGCUCUUUUUUUUACAGCCUUGUAAGAUAGAUAGAUAGAUAGAUAGAUAGAUAGAUAGAUGUGUUUUGAAAGAACAUGUGAAAGAACAUACUAAGAGGACAUCUGUAUCUGCUCACCAUCUCUGUGGAAGUACUGUUACCAGCUGAAGUGUCCAUCAUGGGACAUGUAGGAGCCACUAACUGCUGCCUGUAGCUGCCACAGCUGGACUGACACAUCUUGGACGAGGAAUCGAGCCUAUCCUGAGCUGUGUCAACAGAAUCAUUGCCUAAGACUCCACGUACUGGACCAGAGCAUAGACUUACCACAUUUGGGACCAGACUACUGACAAGCUACAGAAGCAAGGAUCAGCUCUGUGCCUUCUACUGCCUGAGGCUGUCUUCCCCAGCAGAAGCCAGCACAUCCUGAGACCGGCCAAACUGGAACACGCCAUAUUAGAGGGUCAUCUGGUUCCAGGGAAUCAGAAAGUUUAAGGAAACUUGACUGUGUGGCACCAGCUCAACAGAAACCAGACCAGAGGAGGCCACUUCAGGACUCAGGGAUCUGCUUGAUUUACUAUCCUCUUUGCAACAAGGCAGUGGGCAGAGUCCAAGUCACCAUGUACUCCCCUCAGAGUCUCCACCGCUGGGGCAUCACACACAGUGAGAGCAUGGAGCGGUUAGCCUACAACCAAGAGGUACACGAACAUGGCAUCGCCCGCAGAGCACGACCUGGCGCUGUCUGAGGCGGACAGCAGCAAAGAGAAAGCUCAGGUGUUUGGCAUUUUGAGGCUGCAGGAGGAGAAAUCUGGGGAUAGAGCUAACAGCAGUAGCACAGUGAGAGGAGGAGGUGGUGGAGGAGGAGGAGGAGACGGGCGAUGGCAGGCUCCUAUCUUCGCUUUGGCCAGGAAAGCAUCCGAGACCAUUUCAGGGAGCAUUCACGUCCUGCCCAAAGUGUCGGAGCACAGGACGUCUCUGCCUGGGGACUGGACCGUCCAAGCCCUUCGAGACCCCAUGGCCAUGGAGCGAGCCAAUCUGCUGAACAUGGCCAAGCUGAGUAUUAAAGGGCUGAUCGAGUCGGCGCUGAGCUUUGGACGAACUCUGGACUCAGACUACCCUCCUCUCCAGCAGUUCUUUGUCGUCAUGGAGCACUGCCUCAAACAUGGCCUCAGAGUGAAGAAGUCCUUCCUGGGAUUUAACAAGUCUCUGUGGGGUCCUCUGGAGCUGGUGGAGAAGCUGUGUCCUGAAGCAGCAGAGAUCUCCGCCUCUGUACGAGACCUGCCUGGACUUAAGACUCCAUUAGGCAGGGCCAGAGCUUGGUUGCGUCUGGCUCUCAUGCAGAAACGGCUGGCUGACUACCUACGACUCCUCAUCACCAGAAAAGACCUGCUCAGUGAUUUCUAUGAGAAUUCAGCGCUGAUGUUGGAGGAGGAGGGAGCAGUGAUAGUGGGCCUGCUGGUGGGCCUGAACGUCAUUGAUGCUAACCUGUGUGUCAAAGGCGAGGACCUGGAUUCUCAGGUUGGGGUGAUUGACUUCUCCAUGUACUUGAAGAACGACAUUGAUGACUACAGGAGUGAAGAGAGGAAUAGCCAGAUAGCAUCCAUCUUGGAUCAGAAGAACUACGUCGAGGAACUUAACCGACAACUCAACUCCACAGUUCAUGGUCUUCAGGGCAGAGUGGACUCACUAGAGAAGUCCAACUCUAAACUCAUAGAGGAGUUAGCCAUAGCCAAGAACAACAUCAUCAAACUCCAGGAAGAGAACCAGCAGCUGAGGAGUGAAAACAGUCUCAUUCUGCUGAAGGCACAACAACAUUUAGAGGUAACCCAAGGUGAUGCGACAGUGGAAAGAGAUACGUACAAACAAUCGCGUCAGGGGUUGGAUGAGAUGUACAACGAGGCUCAAAGGCAACUAAAGGAGGAGUGUCAGCUCAGACAGGAUGUAGAGAAUGAGCUGGUCGUCCAGGUGUCGAUGAAACAGGAAAUGGAGCUGGCCAUGAAACUUCUGGAGAAAGACAUUCAUGAAAAGCAGGACACACUGAUCGGACUGAGACAUCAGCUGGAUGAAGUCAAAGCCAUCAACGUAGAAAUGUACCAGAAGAUGCAGUCUUCUGAUGAGGAGAUGAAGAAGAAGAACGACGUGAUCACUCGUCUGGAGGAGAAGACCAAUCAGAUCACUGCCACCAUGAAGCAGCUGGAACAAAGAUUACAGGAGGCAGAGAGGCACCGCACCUCGGCCGAGGAGGGAACCAGACGCUUCAAGUUGGACUUUGCCAACAAGGCCGACAGCCUGCAGCGGCAGAUCGAACACAGAGAAAGGCAACUCCAGCAGCUGGAGACGGACCUGAAGAUAGAGAGGGAGUGGAGGCAGACGCUACAGAAUGAUCUAGACAGAGAGAGGGAUACUGUGUCUCAGCUCAGCACAGAGGCGCUGCAGAUCAACGGACUUAAGAAGGAGUUCCAUCGUCUCCAGGAUGAAAACAUUCAGCUGAAGACCAUCUGUGAGGACCAAGAACAAGCUCUCGAGGAACUGGGCUCCAAACUGAGCGAAUCCAAACUAAAGAUUGAAGACAUCAAAGAAGCAAACAAAGCUCUUCAGGGGGGUCAGGUUUGGCUGAAGGACAAGGAAGCCAGCCACUGCAAGCUGUGUGAGAAGGAGUUCUCCAUCUCAAGACGAAAGCACCACUGUAGGAACUGUGGCGAGAUUUUCUGUAACAGCUGCUCUGACAAUGAGCUCCCUCUGCCCGCCUCACCAAAACCAGUCCGAGUCUGUGACACCUGCCACGCCCUGCUCCUCCAGCGAUGCUCCUCCAAUCCAACGUGAAGGAGCCCCACACUGUCGCUACGUCAGCUUCAAACAAUCUGAGAUGGUAAAUCUCAGCCCUCCGGCCCUCUGUAAGAUCCAUCUCUCAACUUCUGUCAACACAGUUUGCUGCUAGACAUGGGCCGUGUGCAUGAACAUUUAGUACAUUAUUUUAUUUACAGGUUGAAAAAAGUCCCUUAUAGGCAAAAUAAGGGGUGUCUGCGUCACUCUGACACGUCUUUGUUUGACGUCACUACUUUGUUUGCAGAUUCUCUGCAGUAUUACUUACUGUACAAAGAGAAGGAGGCAAUCAGCCCACUGUAACACGGGCCAACAUGUAUUACUUUGAAACUGAAGGAGUGAGAAUAUUUAUAGACAGUCAUGACUGUUGGCAGACAGAUUAUCUUAAAUAUACAUCAGUUGUACAAAAGAAACCAUUCAGAUUAAAUUUAGAUAUGAAUGACCUUGGCCGAGGGAGUCACGUGAAACAGAGCUGUGUGAGGACGGAGCUCUGCUAUGAAAGGAGGAACGACUUCACGAUGAACUGAAAGUGAAACUGCACUGACUGUGAUGAGCACUGCUGCAGCUAAAUGCAGACUCUCAAUCAAACUAUCAGUCUUAUUUUGUACUGCAUCAUUAUAAUUUAUGUAUUAAGCCUCAAACUGUAUACAGUGAGUGUAUAGCCAAACAUAUGAGAUUAUAUAAUUUAUAAAUACAGUAUCACGAUCUUGUUACUGAGACUGCAGAGCACCCUCUGUAGGGCUGAAGUGAAACUAACACAGACAUAAAGGCAACAUUUACACAGGCACAAAGGUUCAAGUCAACCUGACAGAGGGGCUAAAUCUAACUUAACGUGAUAGUUAAGUUAAUUCGAUAACUGCAAGAAGAUCACAACUGUUUUUUUGUCCCUGUUUUAAUGUACAGGAGCAACAUGGGAACAUUGUGACGAUGAGAAACUAAUUCCAGGAACGUUCACAGCUCCACGCCAAUUUUGCUACACUCACACUAUGAGCAGACUAGUUCCCCAUGUGGCUGUGACUGUCAAAGGAACUGAAAAUCUUUUUUCUUUUCUUUUUUUUUUUUUAAAUUAUGUUGUUUGUGCCUGUGUGAAUGCAAGGAGUAUUGCGCACUUGUGCUUCUCAUGUUGCCAAAAUGAGCCCUGGAUUUCUACAGACAGGAUUUUUGGAGGGAGAGUCUAAAGUAAAAUGUUUCCAAGUAGCAACACUAGGCGUCACUAGUAGCCAAGGAAAUCUAGAUUAAAGGCACAUUACACUGUUUGUUGGAGACACUAAUGCAGUGGAAGCUGCUUUAAAGGGAUCAUUUGCGUUGUAUGAGGCACUCAUCCAUAGUCAGUGUGUUACCUGCAGUAGAUGGCAGUCAGCGUGCCCACAAUUUGGAAAAGUAGAAAGGAGUACUGCUAUGGAAGAAUAAGCAGUGUACUGCGGUGGACGGCAGCAGCAGGAAAACAUAUUUUAGACACCUAAAAUAUCUGUAUGUUUAUGCUAUAUUGACAUUGUUUUCGCGUCUUUAACCACCUGGAAAAUGUGAGGUUAGGUGCUUCUUUAGUGUCUUUUUUGUGCCAGCUUUCAAGAGCACAGCAGCAGGUUGUGUCUGAGGUUGCUAAGCAACCUUAAUAAGAACUGUAUCGUAGCCUAUUUACUUGAAAUCCUAAGUGCAGAGCUGAUCUUCUUCCAGGUGCUUUUUGUGUGUAGGCCUAUUGUGUGUGGGCAUAUGAAAAGUUCUGGCAGCCCUGCACCAAAAUGAUCAACUUUUCCAUAUUUACCACAAACUGAUAUUUACGGAAGAAGGGAAAGAUAUCUGUCAGCUGUGAUUGGUUGUUUGUUGUCACAUGACAUGCAAUGUGUGCUGCUGCACUUCAAAAGCUGACCUCUUUAUCUCAGGGCACAGUCGUUGCUCCCUGAAAAAUAGGCCUUUGGGAACACGUGCGUCGCUCCAGUGUUGUGCGUGCCUGCCAUGCAUCCUCAUUGACAACAAUUAAUUUGAGCACGCAAACAAUGUGGCAUGUGUAUGGCCCCUUACCUUGCUAUCAGACAGUCCUUUUCCAACAGGAACUUAAAGCCAUUGUAUGUAUGCUCUCUUCAAAGCCACCAGACUCCUUUGACAGCAGUUAUUUUACCUCGCAGAACAUGGGAGUUGCUGGUCUACCACUGCCUCAGUGGGCUAGUUUAGAUACGCCAAAGUCACACAAUAACACUAACUAGCAGAUGGAGGCAGUGGUAGACCUGCAACUCCUGUGUCCUGUGAGGUAGAAUUACUGAUUUUCAUGAUGGAGUCUGGUGGCUUUAAAGAGACCAGAGAUGAUAGCUUUAGUGCCCUGUCGGAAAGGACAUCUGUCGGCAGGGUAAAGCGGUGAAAAUACUCUAAAUACAGUGCACAGUUAAACUGAUAUUGAUGGUUUUUAGGUGUCUAAAAUAUGUUUCCCUGCUGCCUGCCUCCACAGCAGUACAUUGCUUAGCUUCCGUGGCGGUACUCCUGCCUGUUUCUCCAAACUGGGGCGUGCCGACCGCCAUCUAUUGUAGGUAAUACACUGACUGUGGUGAAGUAUCAAUCUUAACUAUCCCUUUAAGGACCAAGAAGAGCACCAGAUGCUGUCCUCUCUGGUGACACUUUGAAAUCAGUCUUAACUGGCUGUGUAGUUGUUGGCCAGCUCACACCAUGACCACUUCACUGACUAGUUAGAAGUUAAGAACAGACUUGAGUGUUGCUCACGUCUGACACCACAGCCACAAAAUAUAUCUGAACACUUGCCAAUCCAAUAUUAGCUGUAAGAAAGAUGAAUUUGAGAGUAUUUAUAUUUGAUUUUGUGUUAUGCACAGUCAUUUUUACUUUCAGAAGUUUGGGAAUUUGUUUGUUUCCUCUUCACUUGAAGUUAGAUGUAAUUCAGUGCAGAUGGAAACGAUAUAGAAGAACCACAUUUUACUGCUGCUCCAUUCCUGAGAGGGAAAGUUUGAAACUCUAGACUAUUUUUGUUUUUUUUAAUGUUUGUGUUUUCAAACUAAUGCUGAUGACUGUACACUCUUCAGUGACGGGUUAUACAAGUUCCACAGCACAUUCUGGUUUUGUACUUCAAUACGAUGUUUACAACCUGUGACCUUUCAAGAACUGGAAGUAUUCAUUCCCAUGAAGAGAUGAAACAGGCCUGGGUUUAUUUCACCGAGGGUUUUUUAUUGUUUAAAGUAUUUAAAACUCAACCAGUUUAUCAUAUCAUUACUAUAGGUACAUGUUUCUGAAAUGCACCCAGGCCUGAAACCUUUUUGUACAGUGUUGCUCUUAAACAUGUCCCAGCUUUCAAUGGGACAUGUUGUAUGUACAUAAUGUUGAUAAUCACUGUGGCCCUUUAGCUUACUAAAUCCUGCCAGUUUAAUAUUAACUCUAUUGCCAACAGUAUGUUGCCUUGACUGUGUAGCAGUUUCUGAUUAAACCACAUUACAAACAA